AUGGCCAACAACUCUCUUCGUGGGUCCAAACAUGGCCAACGUGGCGAGGCCAACCACGAGGUCGAGUUCGGCUGCUCGAUGCAGGAGCUCAGCUCCCUCAUGGACCUGAGAGGAGAAGAUGCAAUGAACAAGAUCAAGGAUUGUUACGGAGAUGUUAACGGACUGUGUAACAGACUGAAAACGUCACCUAUCGAUGGUUUAGAUGGAAACUCUGAGGACAUCGAAAGGAGAAAACGGGUGUUUGGACCGAACCUCAUCCCUCCUAAAAAACCCAAAACCUUUUUGCAGUUAGUGUGGGAAGCCCUGCAGGAUCUCACACUCAUCAUCCUGGAGGUGGCAGCCAUCAUUUCACUAGGCCUUUCUUUCUACAGCCCGCCCGAUGUUGACAGAAGGAACUGUGGCAAAGCAGCUGGCGGCGCGGAGGACGAGGGUGAGUCGGAGGCCGGGUGGAUCGAAGGGGCUGCCAUCCUGCUGUCGGUGGUCUGCGUUGUCCUGGUGACGGCCUUCAACGACUGGAGCAAAGAGAAGCAGUUCCGCGGCCUCCAGAGCCGCAUCGAGCAGGAGCAGAAGUUCACCGUUGUCCGAGGGGGUCAGGUGAUCCAGAUCAAAGUGUCCGAGAUCGUCGUUGGAGACAUCGCACAAAUCAAAUAUGGUGACCUCCUCCCUACUGACGGAGUCCUCAUUCAAAGCAACGACCUGAAGAUUGAUGAGAGCCCGAUGACCGGAGAGUCGGAUCAUGUCAAGAAGAGUAUAGAUAAAGACCCCGCGCUGCUUUCAGGUACCCAUGUAAUGGAGGGCUCUGGCAAGAUGUUGGUCACCGCUGUGGGCGAGAACUCUCAGUCUGGAAUCAUCUUCAAGCUGCUUGUUGCUGGUGAGGAAAGUGAAGGUGAGGCUGAGGAGAAGGCGAAGAAAGAGAAGAAAAAGGAGCAGAAAAAGAAAGCCAAGAUGGACAAGAAAAGUAAAAAAGAUGGCAAAGCAAAGAAAGGAGAGAACAAUGACGAUGUCACAGAGGUGCAGCCGAUCAAUGAGGACGGAGAACCAGAGAAGAAGAAAACCCCACCAAAGAAGGAGAAGUCGGUCCUCCAGGGAAAGCUGACCAAAAUGGCCGUGCAGAUCGGCAAAGCAGGUCUGUUCAUGUCGUUAAUGACUGUCAUCAUCCUCAUCACCCGCUUCGCGAUUGAUACCUUCUGGGUUCAGGGGGUCCCCUGGCGCAGCGAGUGUGUUCCCAUCUACGUGCAGUUCUUGGUGAAGUUCUUCAUCAUCGGUGUGACGGUGCUGGUGGUGGCCGUGCCUGAAGGUCUCCCUCUGGCUGUCACCAUCUCCCUGGCCUAUUCAGUCAAGAAAAUGAUGAAGGACAACAACCUGGUCCGCCACCUGGACGCCUGUGAAACAAUGGGCAAUGCCACGGCCAUCUGCUCCGACAAAACGGGCACGCUCACUAUGAACCGCAUGAAGGUGGUGCAGGCCUACAUCGCAGGACGCUACUACAAAAACCUGCCGGAGCCGAGCCAGAUCUCUGCCAUGGCCCUGGAACUGCUCCUAUACUGCAUCGGGGUCAACUGCGCCUACACCACCCAGAUUAUGCCUCCAGAGAAGGAGGGCGGGCUGGCUCGCCAGGUGGGAAACAAGACUGAAUGUGCCUUACUGGGAUUAUCCCUCAAACUGCACCGAGACUACCAGACCAUCCGCAACGAAUUCCCAGAAGAGAAACUGUUCAAGGUCUACACCUUCAACUCCUCCAGGAAGUCCAUGAGCACCGUGCUGAAGAACCACGAUGGCAGCUACCGAAUGUACAGCAAGGGCGCCUCUGAGAUCCUGCUCAGGAAGUGCAGUAAGAUCAUUUUGGCCAAUGGUCAAUCCAAAGUCUUUAAGCCCCGGGACCGAGACGACCUGGUGAGGAAGGUGAUCGAGCCGAUGGCGUCGGAGGGCCUGAGGACCAUCUGCCUCGCCUACAGAGACUUCCCCGUCGCUGACGGAGAGCCUGACUGGGAAGACGAGGCCCACAUACUGACCAGCCUCACCUGCAUCGCUGUGGUUGGCAUUGAAGACCCUGUGCGACCUGAGGUACCAGAAGCCAUCAGAAAGUGUCAGCGGGCCGGGAUCACUGUCCGCAUGGUGACUGGAGACAACAUUAAUACUGCCCGGGCCAUCGCCAUCAAAUGUGGCAUCCUGCAACCCGGAGAGGACUUCCUCUGUAUGGAAGGCAAAGAGUUCAACCGACGGAUACGAGACGAGUUUGGAGAGAUUCAGCAGGAGCUUAUUGAUAAGAUUUGGCCAAAGCUGAGAGUCCUUGCCAGAUCAUCUCCAACGGACAAACACACUCUGGUCAAAGGUAUCAUCGACAGCACUGUGCUGGAGAAGAGGCAGGUUGUCGCGGUAACUGGUGACGGAACAAACGACGGCCCAGCCCUCAAGAAAGCAGAUGUUGGCUUCGCCAUGGGUAUCGCAGGGACAGAUGUGGCGAAGGAGGCCUCUGACAUCAUCCUGACAGACGACAACUUCAGCAGCAUCGUGAAGGCGGUGAUGUGGGGCAGGAACGUCUACGACAGCAUCUCCAAGUUCCUGCAGUUCCAGCUCACCGUCAACGUGGUCGCUGUCAUUGUGGCCUUCACCGGCGCUUGCAUCACCCAGGACUCUCCUCUCAAAGCCGUGCAGAUGUUGUGGGUCAACCUCAUCAUGGACACCUUCGCCUCACUGGCUCUCGCCACCGAGCCGCCAACCGAGGCUCUGCUGCUCAGGAGCCCGUACGGCCGCAAAAAGCCGCUCAUCUCCCGCACAAUGAUGAAGAACAUCCUGGGACACGCCGUCUACCAGCUGACCGUAAUCUUCACCCUGCUCUUCUUUGGUGAACAUAUAUUUGACAUCGACAGUGGCAGGAACGCCCCCCUCCACGCUCCGCCCUCUGAGCACUACACCAUCGUGUUCAACACCUUUGUGCUGAUGCAGAUCUUUAACGAGCUCAAUGCCCGUAAAAUUCACGGCGAGAGGAACGUGUUCGAGGGCGUUUUAAACAACCCCAUUUUCUGCACCAUCAUCCUGGGAACCUUCCUCAUACAGAUCGUCAUCGUGCAGUUUGGUGGCAAACCAUUCAGCUGUGUGAGUCUGACCAUCGUGCAGUGGCUGUGGUGCGUCUUUCUGGGUUUUGGCAGCCUCCUGUGGGGACAGCUGGUGUCCAGCAUCCCCACUCGCUGGCUGAAGUUCCUGAAGACGGCGGGUCACGGCAGGCAGCAGGAGGAGAUCCCCCAGGAGGAGCUGGAGGAGAUGAAGGACGUGAACGAGAUCGACCACGGUGAGAUGGAGCUGAAGAAGAGUCAGGUGCUCUGGUGCCGCGGCCUCAACCGCAUCUCCACGCAGAUCCGAGUGGUGAACGCCUUCAGAGACAGCGUGUCUCCCUACGAGGGCCUGGAGACGCCCGAGUCCCGCAGCUCCAUCCACAGCUUCAUGAGCCACCCUGAGUUCCGCAUCGAGGACUCGGUGGCUCAUAUCCCGCUGAUCGACGAGGCCGAGUGCGAGGACGACGCCCCCACCAAACGGAUCCCCAUCGUCCUCCCACCGCCGCUGAUCGGGCUCUCCGCCCUGCCGCCUAUCCCGGCCUCGCCCAGAAACCAGAACAACAACGCCAUGGUCUACGACAUCGCGCUGCCUGGCCAGAUCCCUUCCAACUCAGCGGGGCUGCCGCCGUGUCCAGGGAGCCCCCUGCACAGCCUGGAGACCUCACUCUGAAGCCCCAGACCACAUCCUGUUAAAUGAGGACUGCUGGUACUGUGUUCUGUACUGGAGUUCUGGUUCUUCAGAAAGAAUGGGAAAACAUUUUAAGAACAGACU